GUGACGUCAUUUUCACAACAAAUAUGGCGACUUACAUUUACUGCGUUGAGAAUUUUUUUGUUGACAUUUUUAGAACUACACUAUCUAGUCUAUAUACUAAUUGAUUUCCUUACAUUACAACCACAUUAAUUUCCCAAAUAAAUUAAAUAAAACAUUUAGACUCUAUAAGCUCAUUAUGUCCAAUGAACGUAGAGACAUGGAACAUAAAAAUCAAGUCCGACAAAUGUCUAUUAAGUCGGUAGUACCAUCCGCUGAUGGAAGUACAGAUCCUGCAAGUUUAGAAUCAGAUAAUGUCAAAAUACUUGAAAGACAAGUACAGAAGAGAAUUUUCAAAAUAAUAGUCAUAGGUGACUCCAAUGUCGGGAAAACAUGUUUGACUUACAGAUUUUGUAGUGGCAAAUUUCCAGAUAAAACUGAAGCAACCAUUGGUGUAGAUUUUAGAGAAAAACAGCUUGAUGUUGAUGGGGAAAACAUAAAACUACAACUUUGGGAUACAGCAGGCCAGGAACGCUUUCGAAAAUCUAUGGUUCAACAUUAUUAUCGUAAUGUUCAUGCUGUAAUCUUUGUCUAUGAUAUUACAAAGAUAAGUUCAUUUGAAAAUAUGCAUCAGUGGAUUGAAGAGUGUGACCGUCACAACCUUAACAAGCACAUACCACGGAUACUGGUUGGUAACAAAUGUGAUAUGGUGGACAGGAUUGCUGUCAACACAAACAUGGCGCAGAAAUUCGCAGACUCACACAGCAUGCCCUUGUUUGAGACAUCCGCAAAGGAUGACGACAGAGCGAAUCACGUAGACGCUAUUUUUAUGACUGUUGCUCACAAAUUGAAAAAUGCUAAACCAAUGAUGCCUGUUCACAUGUCAAACUUCCAUGUCAGGGAUACUGUUCAUUUAAGGGAAAGCCCCCAGCAUAGAGGCUUGCAGUCAGCUGUGAAUCCAAUAUCCACAGAAGAGCGCUCUGAUUGCGCUUGCUAGACCGUAUCAGACUUCAACUUUGUUGAAUUCCUUUCACCUUAACUUACACAAAUGAGUGUAGGAUCCAAAGAAAAUGAAAUAGGUAUAGGUUUGUGAAGAACAAAGGUUGUAUUAUUAAACAAGCAGGCUUGUUUGAUCAAUUUAGAACAUUUUUAAGUGCUUAUGGUAUGUCUGUGUUCAGUUAAGAAAUCUGCUACAAUGAAACUGAUGAUAUUCUAUUAAAAAAUAAAGCUUAUUUUUAGUGUAAUCAUUUUCUGUAUCCACAAUGAAACCAACUAAAUAAAAUUGUAAUUUUAAAGGCAUUCUAAUUUCCUUUUCUAAUUAAUUGCUUAAAUCAUAAAUUACAUUAAAAAAUUAUAAUUGUUAGUUUUUUUUUGUUCUGUUUGAAAAACUGCUAUUGAAAAUAUUUUUUAAAGUUUUCACUUUUAUUUACAUGUUUUAUAAAAGAGGGCUAGUAAAGAUAAGUAAAAAUGUGAUAUCUCAAAAGGUGAUUUCUUGUUUAACAGUUAAUUUGUAUUACCCUGUAUUGAAAUAUGUUUACAUUCACUAAUGGAUAUAAACAGUUUUGAAUUUGUAUUGUUCAUUAGUGUAAUGUUGUAUGUAAACUUUGACAUUCAUCUCUUUUUGCUCUUGAUGUAUGUGUUACAAUUUUAUUUUAUCCUUCUGUUUGUCAAUGUAACAUAUGCUACUAACAUAAAGUCAUUGCAUUAAUUAUGGAGAAAGUGGUUUAUGUUUUGAUUUGGGCUGUAUGUUUAUGACGAUUAUAUUGGAAGGAACAAAAAAACAACAAAAAAAAAACCUUUUUUAAGUUUCUCCUUAUGAAAAAAUAUCUUAUUCCAUUGCAGAUUUUUUUAACAGCUUCUAAUAAUAAUGUACAGUGGCAAACACAGGAAUAAAUCCAUUUAUCAGUAAGCAUUAAAAACAAGUUUGAAACCAAUAUGGCAGAACAAAGUUAAGCUGUAUGUUUAUGUUACCGAUUUAUUUAAUCUUUUUUUUUUCAUAGCUCUAGUGCCAAAAGAAAUUGUUUCCUGUCACAGAUUCACCAACUAUUCUUGUCUCAGAGACAAAUCUACCCCGAAUCAAUGUCACUUCUAUGAACAAUGGAAACAAAAGACUUAAUUUUAAUGUUAUACUUUUAAAGUUUGCUACACCGUAUUGCAAAAAUAAGUUGUUGUUUUUUUGUUUCUUUUUUAUUAAUGCCUUGAUUUGGAAUUGAUAGUGACAUGACUAUUUCAUUACUAAGACAUCUUGUGUUGUUGUUUUUUUCAAUUCUGUUUUUGUUUAAUAUUAGUUUCUGUCUAAUUAAGUGACAUGACUUAAGUAGGUCUACAGCUAAUUUGUUAUAGACCUUAGAAUUUAAAAUUUAAAAAAAAAAUUAUUAUUAUUUAGGAAUAACAUGACCUAUAAUUUGUUAGGAGUAUCCUUUUGCAAACAUCCAUCCACAGUCAUAUAGCCUUCACAUCAAAGCACUUGUGAUCAAUUCUUACAAUGGUUUACAGUAACUUCCAAACUACAUUUAAAUUUUAUUACUCUGUACUCAGAUAUGAUAAUAUAUAUACCAUUCUUUUAUUGUUCUCAGAACAUGCUGUUGAUGCUACUCACACAACAUUAACCUAAACACCGUUGCUAACGAUGUAUAAAUUUAUCAAAGUUGAGUAUUGGAGAUUUUCAUGCAUGCAGAAAAACUAUAAAUAGCAAUCUUUUCGGUGUUGCAGUGUAGAAAAUAAGGGAAGUGUGGAUAGGCAUGUUUUAUAAAUUUUUGUUCGCAGAAUCUAAUUCUCUAAGCUCUUCCGAUCUAAGCACAUUUUGUAAGCAAUUUCUUUAUGGAGGAAGUAUUAGACUUUCUCUCUUUAACUUAACACUUAUUUACAAAGGAGUGACUAACUAGCGGUAAUAAAGGAGACUUGAUAUAAAGAUCAACUGCCAUACAUUGAGAUAGUGUUACAAUUAUACCUCAGUUAUUUUUUAAUAUAGUUGGCAACAGUAAAGUUCAAUCCAGCGUCCUUGACAUUGUUUUGUUAAUCAUGAUAAUCAGAUAUGCUCCAGUUUUGGACUGCUAUGUUGUACUACACACUCUAUUUCUAAGAGCUUUCUAAUAUUGUAGCUGUUUGGUAGUGCAGAUCUAUUUUAACUCGUGUCCUUCAAUGAAUCUGUUUGUCUCACUUUAGUUACAGUUCAAUCUCAUAUUAAAAACUACAUUCUUUUUCUAACAAAACUUUGGGAUGUAUAGUUAAAUCUAGUUAAUUGGACCAGCCACCUAUCCGGACUGAAUAUAACAGAACCAAAACUAAUUUCAUGACAAAAGCUUAAUGAGCUUAAAUGAAAAUAAAGAAUUUGGCUAUGCAGGUGUUGUGAAAUGAGAGCAUUGAAAGAUUUGCAAAGUGAUAUUAAUAACACUAAUGAGUUGCUACUAGUAACAAACCAGCAUGCCAGAAAUUGCAUUAAAGCCUAAACCUACAAUCUCAUGCAGAAGGAAAGUAAGUUCAGUCAUCCGCUAUGCUAGAUGUUUGUGGUGGCAGUUCAAAUGCAGUCUAUCUAAGAGAACUGGUCAGAUCACACUUUGAACAAUAAAUGAACUUUAUUAAGAUCUAGUUUUAAAAAAUAUUGUAUUUGGCUUUCUGUGUAACAAGUACAUCAUUGUAAAGAAUUUGUUUAUAAAGUUAUUCAUGUUUCGAAGCAUGUUUAUGUAUAUGGACCAGCCAGUUCUAACUGGUCUAAUUAACCAGAAUUAACUACUCCUAAUUUAAUUGUAUACAAUUCUUUUUCUGAAUUGUCUUAUUAUUUGUUUUUUUACCUUUUUAAUUUUUUGAGGGAGUAUAUUUAGGAAAGGUUCAUUUCUAAGUUGUAUUCACUUGAGCUGGUAAAUAAUAAAAGUUAUUAGUCCUUUUAUUUUUAUUUGAACAAAUUUGAGGAUUUUCUUAUUUAAUGAAUUAAUAAAGCAAUUUAUUCCCCAAAUAAUUGUUAUUGACUUUAGGUAAGCAAACAAAUCUGAAAAUUUUCCUUGGUUGAUUUUUUCAAUUCGUGUUUGUUGAUGUAAAUCUUCAAAACAUGGUUUGUUUUCACUUUUUCUUUUUUCUGUUAAAAUGUGGAGAAACAAUAAUAGUUUGUGAACAUUUAGAAAAAAAUGUUAAGCAUAGUGUUUAAAAUUAGUUCAUGACACAGCAAGCUCUCUUAAGAACCCUUUUUUUUUAUUUUAAGAAGUGAUUUUCCAGCACAGAAGAGAUGCCUGAAUCGCUAGGAUAACCAGUGACCUACACCUGCGUAGUUUAUUAACUAGAUUAACACAUGGUUAUGUUUGGUUGUAAUUAUUCUUUCUUGAAGCUUUUUUAAAAAAAAAAAAAAAAACGUGUACCAAUAAAUCCAUAAAUGAAACAAGUAUCCAUUACUAAUGUGAGAAAUUAAUGGAAGCAGCUAUGAAACAAAUAAGUGUUUAUUUUAAUCAGACAACUCUGGUUUUUACUAGUUCUUCAAAAUAUGUGAUAUUUCUCAUUUGAUAAAAAUGAUACCGGUAUUCAUCUUUCCUUUGUCAUUACACUGUCAGGUUUAUUAAUGAAAUCAUUUUUGUUUGCAUGGGGAAAACAUAAUGGAAAAAUAUUCUCAUUUUCCCCUAUUAUUUUGUCCUCUUUUUUUUUCAUGCUGUCUAUUUUUGAACUUAAGUUUUCUAGGACAAAUUAAGGGUGGUAUAAAACAUUUUCAUCUGUUUCAAAUGGAAAUAUUAGGAUGCAGUGAUUUGUUUCUAAUUUUUAUUUGUAAUACUUCUAUAACUUAUAAGUUUAUGAAUAUGAACUGUUCUUGCUUAUGUGAUUUUGUCUAGUCUAUAUGAUUGUACAUAAUUACUGAUAAAUUAAAGAAUAUAUAUGUAUUCUAUUGGCUUUGUUUUUAAAUAUCAGCAUUAUUUAAAUCAGAGCAGUUGAAACAGAGACACAAGAAAAAUAAACAUUCGUUCAAGUAUAACUUUAGGUUUAAAAGACUAAAUUGAGGUCAUGUAUAAUAUUGAUUGUAAAUUCAUGUUUUAGAAGCGUCUUAGAUGGAGUUACAAAUUUAAGAAAUAUUUUGUGCUCAACAGGCUUAAAUGUUAUUUUUUAAUAUAAAGAAAUUUUAUGUGUGUGAAUUACUUUGCAAAAUCUUUAUGAAUUUUUCUGUAGCUUUUACUGUUUUUCUUGUAAAUGUGCAAUAAAAACAAGUACGUAUACAAAUCGGAAAGGCAAACAUGUGGAGAACCAAUUCAUUCCUAUUGUAUAUUAGUGAUUUAUUUUAUGCCAUUUUUUCUUUUUGGUGAAUGUAAUGUGUUAAAGAGGUUUUCCCAGCUAAUAAAUGAUUUGUUGAAUUACAAUGUUUUUCUUUUAAUUGUAUUUGUAUCAUAUGGUGUUGGUAGAUUUCGAAGAUGAUAAAAUCAUUUUCAUUGCUAAUUUGUUUUUGUUUUUGCAAAUUCAUGUUGUGCAUAUGUGGCUGUUAAGGUUUGUAAAUAAAGUUUUGUUGACAGCA